CUCCUGCCAUCCUCGGUCGCGGGCCGCGCAGAGGUGCAUGGCAGCGGCGCCGGAGCUGCGGCGGCCCCCAGCAGCAGCAGCAGCAGCAGCUGCCGAGCCGCGCUCUGCUCCGCGCCAGCGCCCGCAGCAACUUUGCCGCUUCGCAGGCUGCGGGAGCGGGGCGAUGUUGUGACGGCGCACCCGGCGGCGGAGCCUCCUCGGCAGUGCGGAGCAGCGCGGAGCAGAGUCCCCCCAGCCUCCCUCUCCCGCGGGGCGGAGCGGAGCAUCCCCACCUCCCUCCUCCGCGGAGSAGCGCGGCACGGAGCGGAGCCCUCCCGCCUCUCUCCCUCCCUCCUUCCCUGCCUGCCUCCCUCCCCGGCGGCGGACGCAGCCCGGGGCGGGAGCGCGGAUGCGGCGCGGAGCCCGGAGAAGCCCAUCGCGGGGCCGGGGCCGGGCGGCGCGACGCGCGGGGGAAUGCUGAGCCCCGCCGCCCGGCACCGCGCCCGCCGCCGGGAGAUGCUCCUCGUGCUCGCUCUGUGGCUGGCGUGGCAAGAAGCGCCCGCGGCGCCGACCCCAGCGGCGGAGGACAUCACCCGGGGAGUUGACUGGCUGACAAAAUUUGGGUACCUGCCUCCUCCGGAUCCUGUGACGGGGCAGCUGCAGACGCAAGAAGAGCUCACCAAGGCCAUCACCGCCAUGCAGAGGUUCGGGGGGCUUGAGGCCACGGGAGUCCUAGAUGAAGCUACCCUGGAGCUGAUGAAGACCCCUCGCUGCUCUCUGCCCGACCUAGCCACUGCAGAGACCAGGAGGAAACGAUUUGCCCAGGCUGUCACCAAGUGGAGCAAAAGAAACUUGUCCUGGAGAGUUCGCACCUUCCCGAAGGAGUCCCACCUGGGCCAUGACACUGUCCGAGCCCUGAUGUACUACGCCCUGAAGGUCUGGAGUGACAUCACCCCGCUGAAUUUCCACGAAGUGGCAGGAAACAAUGCCGAUAUCCAGAUAGACUUCUCCAAGGCGGAUCACGAUGACGGCUAUCCGUUUGACGGGCCCGGUGGCACGGUGGCGCACGCUUUCUUCCCUGGAGACCAUCGCACGGCAGGGGACACACAUUUUGACGAUGACGAGUAUUGGACCUUCCGAUCAUCGGAUGCUCACGGGUUGGACCUAUUUGCCGUAGCAGUCCAUGAGUUUGGCCACGCCAUUGGCUUGACCCACAUCUCUGCUAUAGAGUCUAUCAUGAGACCCUACUACCAAGGUCCAGUGGGGGAUCCUCUGAAGUAYGACCUGCCUUACGAGGACAAAGUCCGGAUCUGGCAACUCUAUGGAGUCAGGGAAUCUGUGUCCCCCACGGCCAAGGCCGAAGUAAGCCAAACAGAUGACCAUCCAAUCCUACCGGAGCUGCCAGAGAACCGUUCCACCAUCCCGCUCAGGCGGGACGUACCCGACAGAUGCAACACGCAUUUCGAUGCAGCGGCCCAGAUCCGCGGAGAGGCUUUCUUCUUCAAAGGCAAGUACUUCUGGAGACUGACUCGCAAUAAGCACUUGGUCUCCCUCCAGCCGGCUCAGAUCCACCGUUUCUGGCGGGGCUUACCUCUCAACCUGGACAAUCUCGACGCAGUUUACGAGAGAACCAGCGACCACAAGAUCGUCUUCUUCAAAGGAGACAGAUACUGGGUCUUCAAAGACAACAAUGUGGAAGAAGGGUACCCACGGCCCAUCUCGGACUUUGGCCUGCCCCCGGGAGGAAUCGAUGCCGCUUUCUCCUGGGCUCACAAUGACAAGACUUAUUUCUUUAAGGACAAUCUCUACUGGCGCUACAACGACCACGAGCGGAGGAUGGAUCCCGGGUAUCCUUCGGAGACCAUCCCGUGGAAGGGAAUACACAGCCCUUUAGAUGAUGCCAUGAGAUGGUCAGAUGGUGCAAGUUACUUCUUCAGGGGCAAGGAGUAUUGGAAAGUGCUGGAUGGCGAGCCGGAGGCGCAGCCCGGGUACCCGCAGUCCAUCGCCAGGGACUGGCUGGCGUGUGGCGACAUGCAGGCCGAUGCCCCCGAGGCGGCCGGGAGCAGCAGGACCGGGGCACGCUCCAGGCCCGGGCAGCACGAUGAAAGCCGCUCCAAGAAYGGCUACGAGGUCUGCUCCUGCACCUCGGGUGUCCUAUCUCUGCAACCUCACCCUGUAUCUGGACUGACAGCCGGCCUCAUUCCGGCUGUGUGGAYGGCAGCACUGCUGUACGCGGCCCUAUAACGGCUCACCUCACCGGCGGUACGACACCAUGGUGCUCCAGGAUACAAUUCCGCGAUGCUAACUGCUGUGGGCAGAAAAAAGAACAUUCCUAGGAACGUGCCAGUGAAGCGUUAGAAUUCUCUAUGAGAAAUGAACAGYGGUUUUGGGGUUUUCUUUCUUUUUAAUUUUAGUUUAAAGGUCUAACAACAGAUCUGACUUCUGCAUUUUCKUAUUCCUCCAUCCAGUUAAAGAUGAGAGCGGCCUCAUGUUAAAUUUAGAAACGCUCCUUAGAGACGUGUUGCUCUGGAUGUUUAACCACAGCAAACAAGGGAGGGGCUAGCUCCUGGGAUAGACUGGGGACAGAAAAGAUGCUGCUGWCAUAGAUGGUGACAGAAAGGCAGCAGGCAGGAAGUAGUUAUGUACACAUCCCAUUGGAUGCAGUAGAUACAAGAAACUGUGACUCCAUUAAGAUUAACUGCACGGUGAUCAUUAUUUUACUCCACUAAGAUUAACUGCAAGGUGAUCAUUAUUUUACUGUCAGACCUGCUGUGGACACUGGUGUGUGGUUUACUUGUAUCAGUUUCUAUGGGUCAGAAACACCUCUGCCUUUCAGAAGGUACCGCGCCUAUCUUUGUAUGAGUCAUUGGAAUUUAACAAUUUCUCUAAUAAACCUUGGCUGCCUACUCAGAGAUCUCUCGGUCCCGUGCCAGACCGAGCCCGCCACCUGCGGCUAGGCUCAGCCCACCGAGGCUCC